UGCUUUUAGUGUAAAUAGGAUAUGGAGGGGUUCCCUUUGCUAGGUUUGAUUAAAUGUUAUGUAGUAGAUGCCGAUUUGUUAAGAAUGUGCAGCAGAUGUUUGGUCUGCAAUUGGUCCGUUCUCCUUGUGGGAAUGGAAAGUGAGGCAGGAAGAGACUUUGGGAGCAGGGCCGGGUGACCUGUCUGUGCUCCUGAUGGGGCUCAAUUGUCUGUACCAUUCCUGCCUUGUGCUUCGUCUGUUUAAAAAAAACUCCAGUGGCAGUAUCUGCAUCCUCAGAAGGCAGUGUAAUUUCAGUGUCUAAUAUCACAAAAGUGUCGUUUUUCUUUCAUUUAAGGUAUAUGUGUAUGUGUAUCUGGCCACCUGCUCUUUGCUUUCAGACUCUGCUUACAGUGGCUGUAACAUGGGGAUUGUGUUGCUGAAGGAAGCUCUCUGAUACAUUCUGAUGUCUGCUUGUGCCUAGCACUGCGCCAGAGCUAGGUGUUACUGCUGUUGCUGCAGAGUUCAAGGCCUGCAGAGCGGGCCUGGUGCUUGUGCCUGCUCAACGCAGCAGGGAGAAGCUGCCAUGCUGUCUGCAAAGUGACUGAGCUGGGGACCUGUCAGAAAAGCACAUCCUCACUCUCAUCUGAGAUCUUGCUUGUGUGCUUUUCCCUCUUCCUUCCAAAAGAAAUGGAUGCUUACUCGUCACAUGGGGGCUCUGGAGCACUCUGAGGGAGUGACUCUGGGUUUCUUCCUCUUUGUUUCCUCUUGGGAAGAGUCUCUCUGCCCCUUGUGGGAUUGUACUGGUUUUCAGCUCUUCUGAAUGCAGUGGACGAGGCUUUCCUUCCCUCCCAUGAAGUUUUUUUUUUUUUUUUGAAGCACUAGACAAACCUAAAUUUUUAGUUAGCCUCUUUAAGUAAGUUAAUUAGAUGACACAAAGGCUGUCAGUAUGUGAAGUACAGCAGGCACUUGCUCACACACGGGAGUGUUUCAGCUUUAAGUCUCUGUGAAGCUCACACGGUGAAAUGUUCAACAUGGCUGUAUUUGGAGUGCGAUAGUUACAGCGUUCCUCAUUAGCUAGCAUUGUGGGGCUUGGCAUUCCGUGAUCAGUCAGCAUUUAUGGUCAGUCUGAACAGAAUGAAAAACCUGCCAUCAUCUUUUCUAAUUUCAUUUUGGCUGAAAUCCAGCCAACUUGUACACUUUGUAACAUUUAUAUGCGGUUUUGAAUGUUGGGAAAACAUUAAAUGGGGCUUUUAUUGGACACGCAAUAGUAGGCUAACGCAGCAGCUUCUAUUGAUAAGUCAUCAAAGUUGUUUUACAGAAGGGCUUUUUCAGUCCUGGCUUUUAGCCCAGGGUCGAUCCAGUUUCACAGAAGUUAGUUUAAUUUCUGAUGUAUUUUCUUUCCCUUAGGUGUCAGUUGUUGCACUUUCCCCAGCCAGACACGAAAAUCUGCCGUCGCUUUCUCGUUACUGUGGCAGCAGUUUUCCAUCUUGCACAGCAGCAUUAAGAGUCAGGCUGCAGUCUCCUGAAUGCAGUAAAUUCUGUCAGCGUGGAGACUAAGUGGUUCAUGCUGUUACCCGGGCUAAAUAUUUGAAGUCUGUCCUUUGGAAAAAGGUGCUGUUUGUGCUCUGGAGAAGUUUUGAGCUGUCGUUCCCAGCGCUUGGCUAUAAUCACAGGCUUUUGAGCAUCUUGGAUAAAGAGUGCAGCAGAAAUGGACACUGAAGGCUUUGGAGAGCUUCUCCAGCAGGCCGAACAGCUUGCAGCUGAGACUGAGGGCAUCUCUGAGCUCCCCCAUGUGGAACGCAACCUACAGGAGAUCCAGCAGGCUGGGGAGCACCUGCGUUCCCGUACCCUGACCCGCACUUCCCAGGAGACUGCAGAUGUUAAGGCGUCUGUUCUUCUUGGGUCCAGAGGGCUUGAUAUAUCUCAUAUCUCUCAGCGGUUAGAGAGUCUAAGUGCAGCCACUACAUUUGAACCUCUUGAACCUGUGAAGGACACCGACAUCCAAGGAUUCCUGAAGAAUGAGAAGGACAAUGCAUUGCUGUCAGCCAUCGAAGAGUCUAGGAAAAGGACUUUUGCUAUGGCAGAGGAGUACCACCGAGAAUCAAUGCUGGUUGAGUGGGAGCAGGUGAAACAAAGGAUUCUUCAUACUCUGCUUGCAUCUGGGGAAGAUGCUCUCGAUUUCACCCAGGAAAAUGAGCCCAGCUACGUCGGCGAGUCGGGCCCUCCAGGCCGCAGCUCUCUGGACAGCGUGGAGAUGGCGUACGCCCGUCAGAUUUAUAUUUAUAAUGAGAAGAUAGUGAAUAGACAUCUGCAGCCUAACCUGGUGGACCUUUGUGCUGCCGUUGCAGAACUGGAUGAUAAGAACAUCUCUGAGAUGUGGGCCAUGGUGAAACAAAUGACCAGCGUUCGCCUGGUUUCUGCUAGCGACGUCUUGAAUGUCCGGACCAACCUGGAGGUGCGUAUGGAGUUCGUGAGGCAGGCUCUGCGCUACCUCGAACAAAGUUACAAAAAUUACACCUUUGUGACAGUCUUUGGAAACCUGCACCAGGCUCAGCUGGGAGGAGUUCCAGGCACCUACCAGCUGGUCCGCAGUUACUUGAACAUCAAGCUGCCUGCACCCGUCCCUGGUCUCCAGGAUGGUGAGGUGGAAGGCCAUCCCGUCUGGGCACUGAUUUACUAUUGCAUGCGCUGCGGAGAUCUGACUGCAGCCAUGCACGUGGUGAAACGGGCACAGCACCAGCUGGGAGAGUUUAAAACCUGGUUUCAGGAAUACAUGAACAGUAAAGACAGAAGGUUAUCCACCGCCACAGAAAAUAAGCUUCGUCUGCAUUACAGACGGGCUCUGAGGAACAACACUGACCCAUACAAGAGAGCUGUUUAUUGUAUUAUUGGCCGUUGUGACAUUGCAGAUAACCAGAGUGAAGUUGCUGAUAAGACAGAAGAUUAUCUUUGGCUGAAGCUGAACCAAGUGUGUUUUGAUGACGAUGGUGCAAGCUCGUCACAAGACCGAUUGACAUUAUCGCAGUUCCAGAAGCAGCUGCUGGAGGACUAUGGUGAAUCACAUUUUGCAGUGAACCAGCAGCCUUUCCUCUACUUCCAAGUGCUGUUCUUGACAGCACAGUUUGAAGCUGCGAUUGCUUUCCUAUUUCGGACAGAGCGCCUGCGUUGUCAUGCUGUUCAUGUUGCUUUGGUCCUGUUUGAGUUGAAAUUGCUCCUGAAAUCUUCUGGGCAGAGUGCACAGCUGUUAAGCCACGAGGUUGGUGACCCCCCUGGCGUUAGGCGUCUGAACUUCGUGCGGCUUUUGAUGCUCUACACCCGUAAAUUUGAAUCCACGGAUCCAAGGGAAGCUCUGCAGUAUUUUUACUUUCUCAGGAACGAGAAGGACAGCCAAGGGGAGAACAUGUUCUUGCGCUGUGUUAGUGAACUAGUAAUUGAAAGCAGAGAGUUUGAUAUGAUUCUCGGAAAGCUGGAAAACGAUGGCAGUCGAAAGCCUGGAGUGAUAGACAAGUUUAAUAGUGACACAAAACCUAUUAUUAACAAAGUGGCUUCUGCAGCAGAAAAUAAAGGAUUGUUUGAAGAAGCAGCAAAACUAUAUGACCUUGCAAAGAACCCCGACAAAGUCUUAGAACUGAUGAACAAGCUCCUCAGUCCUGUCGUGCCCCAGAUCAGCACUCCCCAGUCCAACAAGGAGCGGCUGAAGAACAUGGCCCAUUCCAUUGCUGAGAGGUACAAAGCUCAGGGGAUAAGUGCAAAGAAAUCCAUUGACUCCACGUUCUACCUUCUGCUAGACUUAAUCACGUUUUUUGAUGAAUAUCACGCCGGUCACAUUGACAGGGCCUUUGAUAUUAUUGAGCGCCUAAAGCUUGUACCUCUUAGCCAGGAUUGUGUGGAGGAGAGAGUUGCUGCCUUCAGGAAUUUCAGCGAUGAAAUCAGGCACAAUUUAUCUGAGGUACUGCUUGCAACCAUGAAUAUUUUAUUCACCCAGUACAAGCGGAUGAAAGGCACAAGCCCUGCCACUCCUGCCAGACCCCAGCGGGUAAUAGAAGACAGAGAUUCGCAACUGCGAUCUCAAGCUCGUGCACUGAUAACGUUUGCUGGAAUGAUCCCUUACAGAACAUCUGGAGACACGAAUGCAAGACUGGUGCAAAUGGAGGUCCUUAUGAAUUAGCAGAGAAGCUUUGGCUCGGGGCUCAGCAGCCUGGGCCUGUCGGUAGAGCAUUUGGGGCUGGGACCAGUGCCGUUUUGUAUUCUGUAUUUUUGUUGAUGGAAAUAAAUUUCUUUGAUUUCUA